AUGGACGUCCCAUCUUUGGAAGAUAUCGCAUUUCCGAUAGUUUUGGAAAAUUUUCAAAAUGGAACCUAUAAUGAUUUUGAAACCCAUCUAGAUUUACAAUCAAGUAACAUAAUUUUUGCGAGCCUCCUUUCAAAAAGAUCAAGUGAAGUUGUAAAGUUCUUUCCAAAAAUUUCCAAAAACUUUUUUCUGACGAAAGUGAACCUCAAAAAUGUUCGACUUACCCAUCCCAUGAUCAAACUGCUUUCGGAGCAUACUUUGGAGUCACUGGCUCUCGGAGACCAGGCAAUUAGGAAAGAUUACAAAAAUGAUAUUGCUCAAGUUGAUGAAAUUCUUCAAAUUAUUUUGAAUAAAAAAUCAGCAAAUAAUUUGAGGCAGUUGGAUAUUAGUGGAUCAAGGAGAUUUCUGAAUGGAGCAAUAAAGAAGAUUGGUAAAUUACUUCCCUCUCUUCAAAGUUUGAUAGUUUGCGACCGACUAUUUUCUGGCUCAGAUUUUCAAAAACUUUGCUCAAGUUUCAAAAAUCUCAAAUCGCUGGAUAUCAGUGACACUGGCGUCUCGAGUUUAUAUGGAAUUUCGCAGUUGACAAAUCUUGAAACACUUGCGAUGAGAAAUCUGAAUAUUUGUGAAUUUGGACACAUAUUCAGACUCUCAAAACUUGAAGCUUUAGACUUAUCAUUUACAAAAUUUGACAGAAUUCCAGUAAUUAUGAGACAAUAUUCUGAAUCUAGAGGUUUUAUACCAAACCUUAAAUUUCUGGAUUGUUCUGGAACUGACGUCACGUUUUCUAUUUUGGAUGAGCUGCUGCAGAAGCAUGAGAAAUUGAAGAAAAUUGUAGUUGCUGAAACUCUGCUAGAAAACGAUGAAGUCGAUGGAGUUGAAAUCAUGAAUUUUGCCACUUUUGAUUCCAACAAGAAAACGUUGAAUUACAUGACUUCAAAGAAAAAUUUGGAUUCUGUGAUUUUUCUGUUGAGAAAUUUUGAAACUUUAUUUUAUAAAAUUCAAGAAAUUUCAAAAAUAGAAUCAUCAUUUUCCCUUGUUAAAGAGAUUUUGAAAUCUAUCGAAGUGUUUUCAAACGAUUCAAUUAUUUGUUCAAUUGGAUUAAAGUGCAUUGGGAAUAUUUUGAGAUCCUCCAAAGUCACGCGAAAUGAACAAAUAUAUGUUGUUCGCCAUCUUCUAAAGAUUUUAAAUCGAUAUCUGAAAAUUUUCCCAAUCCACGAAUUUAUAAUUUUCAAAAUUUGGGAAAUACUAUCACUUCCGGAGCUUAUCAGAAUUUCUCAUUUGAAUACAGAAGCUCUUUGUAAACAAAUUCAAAGAUACAGUGAUCAUGAGUCAAGUCAGAUUCCAUUCAGAGCUUUUAUGCAGAUUUUGGAAUUUCAUGACCUUGAAAAUAUUAAUUUCAUGAAGCCUUUACUGGAUCUUCUAGAUUUUUACAAGAUAAAUAUUUUAAGAAAUUUGGCAACAAUCAAAAGUGUCGCAAAUAUUGAAGUUUUUCACGAGAAAGAGAAUAUUGAUUUUUUGAGGAAGCUUCUAAUUGGUAACAUCAACUUCAGAGUGAGAAAUGGGAAGUAUAUAUUUGCUGAAUUAGCGUACAACGCAUCAACCAUCCUAUUCUCGAUCACAUCCAAUUGCAGUCCCCAUUCAUACGCUCAUGUGGAAAGUGAAAAAAUCAGGUCAGAAUUGAGUGAAAUUAUUUCUAUAAUUGGUAUUCACCAAAUAACUGCCAAUGUGGAUGCCGUUUUAUCAAACAAUUUUCUCGAAAAGUUAAUUAUACUUACAAAAUCCGACGAAUCGAUUCUGUUCGCAUUGUUAACACUUCAAAUAAUGUUGCACCAAAAGAAAGAAAACGAGAAGAAUGUUUUGACUAAACUUUGUUUUUAUCAAAAGUUGCGACAAAAUGUGCAGAUAUUAUAA